AUCAAAAAACUCGAAAAGUCAAACUUCUUUGCGAUUUAUAAAAAAAAUUCUUACUCGAAUAAUUAUUUCAGACAAAAAGAUAAAAUUUGUCGCCUAAAAAUCACAUAAAUUAAUUAAUAACUACAAAUCCUAUCAUAUAUUCUAUUAAAGUAAUAUAAAUAAUUAAAUUUUGGCUCAUAGAUGUACAGGAAUAGAGUGUUAAACGAAGUCAAAUCGAAAUAAAGAUGUGGGAUUCCUCGAUGUUUUUGAGUACACUCACUCCGAAGUUUUAUGUUGCACUCACCGGUACUUCCAGUUUAAUAUCUGGAUUAAUCCUUAUAUUCGAAUGGUGGUAUUUUCGCAAAUAUGGUACUUCAUUUAUUGAACAAGUUUCGAUUAACCACAUCAGUCCGUGGAUAAAUGGCAGUGACAAUCAGUCUGAAACAAAUGGUACUAAUGGAGGGCAACAAAUGCCUGAAUGCAAAGUUUGGCGCAAUCCAUUGAAUCUCUUUCGGGGAGCUGAAUAUCAGAGGUUUUAUUGGACAACUAAUAAGGAGCCCCUCACUUAUUAUGAUAUGAAUCUUAGUGCACAGGAUCAUCAGACCUUUUUUACAUGUGAAGGUGAUGCUGGCAAAGCUGAGUACGAAAUUAUGCAAACAGCUUGGCGAGAACGAAAUCCUGUGGUGCGAAUAAAGGCCGCACAUAAUGCUCUAGAAUUAAAUACAGAAUGUGCGCCGGCAUAUAUUCUUUUGGCUGAAGAGGAAGCCACAACAAUUUUGGAGGCUGAAAAAAUUCUCAAAACAGCACUCAAAGUCGCUGAGACAAAUUAUAGAAAGUCACAAGCAACUCAACACCAAGGUGCCAUAGCCGAGGGAAUGCAUCGUCGUGACACAAAUGUUUUGAUCUAUAUUAAACGCCGUCUGGCAAUGUGCGCUCGAAAAUUGGGCAAACUUAAAGAGGCAGCAAAAAUGUUUCGUGAUUUAACCAAGGAGAUUCCAUCGAUCAUGAAUGUAUUGAAUAUCCAUGAGAACCUAAUCGAGACACUACUUGAAAUGCAAGCAUACGCAGACUGUCAGGCGGUGCUAGCCAAAUACGAUGAUAUUUCGUUGCCAAAGUCGGCGGCAAUUUGUUACACAGCAGCGCUCCUUAAGGCCAGAGCUGUGGCCGAUAAAUUCUCGCCGGACAUUGCAUCGAAACGUGGCCUCAGCCCGGCUGAGAUGAGUGCCGUUGAAGCGAUUCACAGAGCUGUGGAAUUCAAUCCACAUGUUCCUAAGUAUCUGCUUGAGACUAAACCACUCAUUCUUCCGCCAGAGCAUAUACUCAAACGCGGUGAUUCAGAAGCACUUGCUUAUGCGUUCUUCCAUCUUAAGCAUUGGAAGAAUGUCGAUGGAGCACUCAAUCUUCUGCAUUGUACAUGGGAGGGGACAUUUCGAAUGCUGCCGUACCCUCUUGAACGAGGCCACCUCUUCUAUCCGUAUCCAACAUGCACCGAGUGUGCCGAUCGUGAACUCCUACCAACGUUUCAUGAAGUGUCGGUAUAUCCGAAGAAGGAGCUGCCAUUCUUUAUAUUGUUUACGGCUGGCCUUUGUUCAUUCACAGCUCUUCUGGCGCUAUUAACCCACCAGUAUCCCGAACCGAUGGGCAUAAUCGCACAAACUGUACUUAAUUGGAUCUCGUAUCCUUUUCAGCUGAUCAAGGAGAGAAUCGAGGCUAUUUGGCCUUGCAAUCUGCUGCAACAGCUGUCGAGAAUUUAGAGGGCUUUCGACUACCAAGAAGCUGAGCUGGAGGGCAAAAUGACAGCGAUAAAUAAAUAAGCGCUACAACAAAUGCAUUUAAUGUGAUUUUGUUUACAUACAGAUUAAUCUCUCUUGUAACAGGUGUUCUUUUGUUUUUCUUUUGUAAUGACAUUAAUUUAUUUAAUCGAACACAAAACUCGCCCUUUCCUCCUUCUCUGUGAAAGAAAUUAUUAUUUUUGUUUAAAAAUGUCUUUUUAUAUUAACUCGUGUGUUCUCUAUCGAAUCUCGUUUUUCCUUGCUAUUCUUAAUUAUUAAUACUCGUAGUACUAUGUAUUUCGUUUUUCUUUUUAUCCAGUGUUUGACUACAAAAUCAUAAAAAGAUUAUUUUUCCUAGCACUGGUUUAUUUAAAGCAAAUUAUUAAAAUAAAAAAUAUUGGAGCCCUUAAGUUACAAAAACAAAACAAAAAUUUAAUGUAUCUAAAUUGAGUUUGACUAACGGUUAAGAUCUAUAUUUGGAAGACUAGCAUGUGCUAAAUGGGAUUAUUCAGAAUGACAAUUUUUUUAGUUUUAUGUUUUUUAUAUCUUAAUUUAUUGUAAAAUAUUCAAUGCGUGUUAAUUUAUUUCCACUUACAAAAAUAUGUAAGUAAGUGUAAUACAACAAAAUAAAUGUCCAUUUCAGUAAGUA